AUGUUUUGGAGUACCCUCCUAUACAUUCUUCUUGUUACGGCAGGCUUGGUAUUCAGAGCAUCGCAUCCAGGCUUCAAACAACUUCUUCAACUAUUUAUCGCCUGUUUUGUAAUCAGCAUUGUGUUUCUCCUGUCAAAACUGAUCAUAGCAGCCUGCCUGUGGCGACGCCUGAUCGUCCUCCACCCCAAUGCCAGGAACGACUUUGUAGGCAAACCCCUUCUCUUUCCAGCCCGAUUAUCCCAUGCACGCAGGUUCCCACAGAUCGAGCGAUACAAUUACUGGUACGACUAUUUCAUGGUGGGAGUGCCAGUGGGACUUCGCGGCCGCAUUGGGAACCUUCUCUCGAUCGAUAACCUGCCAGCGUGGGAGCACAGCCGGGAGAAGUGCUGGUUUACCAUUGAUCCCACUUAUUAUCUCGAUCCUGGCAGUGGAGAUCGAUCCUUGGAGGAGAAGUUGCAUAUCUUCUUACAGUCUCAGGGCGAGAAUCCGCAAGAGUUCCCAUAUGCAUACCUCAUCAGCGUCCCUCGCUUUCUAUGGUGGCAGAAAAGCGCUAUCAGCUAUUGGUAUCUAUACUCGUCCGAGCGCAAGUUGACGGCAAUGAUCAUGGAGAUUAAUAACUCUUUCUAUGAGAAACGAAACUUCUUCUUCCGUCUGACCGGGGAUGACAUCGCUGUUGAUUCUCCCCAACCCCAAGCAAGUACGAUCACUGCCACGGCGAAGGAUACUAAGGAGCGCGUCUCCAUCCACUUCCACUCUUCUGCAUCUCAGAGCAAACAUUACAAAGGCUCCUGGGAGAAGCUGAUCUUCGGAUCUCCGUUUGAGAAAGUAGGAGGAUCCAUGACGGCCAAAUUCGUCGACCCCAUGCUGGGGCCUUCGCUUCAAUCUAACCUGAGCUCCAAUACCCCCGAUGGCCAGGUGAAGGUGACUAGUCGUCUUGCUUCAUGGGGAGAGCCCGUGGACCCAUUAUUGUCCGACAGUUGGAGCAUUGCGAGCUUCGUCGCCCGUUGGACGCAUGUCGGUGCGCUGUCUGCACCACGUAUCGUCAAAGAGGCGCUCAGAAUCCGCUUUCGCGGAAAUCUGAAGUACCUGCAGCGACCUGAGGUUCGGGCGGACAGUGUGCCGCGAAAGCAAACCAAGGUUGAAAGAACCAUGGAACUAUUCUUCCGGGAGUAUCUGUCUCAGCUCACUGCGCACUGCCAGUUCCCGAUCUCCAUCAAAUACACCCCUCCGAAACGGUUACAUUUUGAACCCAUCACCUUUCACUCUCCCAUGACCCCAACGUCCUCUCCUCGACCCGUCCUGACCAUCACUCCUCUCACACCACGAUUCUACACCUCCUUCCCGGAGCAUCCAAGUGCUGCAGAAGCUUUCUCGGCAGAGACAGCAGCAUCCCCCACAGACGCUGACCCAAACUCUCGCCGUCUGGAGGUAUCAGAUAACUCGCUCCUGGAUCAAGUGCUCAGUACAGCAGCGCAUUCCCUGGACAGUGAACGAGAAAAGACAGCCGGGCAGGAUAGCAAGCUGUCGCACGGAAGACUCGAAAGCAAGAUGCUUGCGGCCAUAAUUGCACGUCUUCGCGGUUCCCAUUCCACCACCUUCAUGGAUCGCUUCGUGCUAUCUCAAUACCCCGCUGCAAAAGAUCGAUUGGCCUACCAGUGCAAUAUCCUACGUUGGCACCUUGCCCGCCGCCUCCCCAUCGAAUCCCAGGCCAUCGUGACGUUGUGUUACAUCGCUGUGCGGACGGCCAUCGUGGGCAUUAUGUUGCGGUGUGCAUACUCUGUCUGGGCAGAGACCGAAGUGGUUCAAUGGCUUGUUGAGAGAGCCUAUAUCACGCCUGGUGUUGGGGCGCUGGUUUACGGCGGAUGGGAGAUGGUGACUGGGUACAUUGGGGAGUAUUACUUGAAUCCGUUUGCUUGGGGGGAGGGGUUGUGA